AGUAAAGGAACAAACUACAUAGGAAACACUCGGAAUGUGUGUUUCCAUGGCUAUUUACAAAAUCCUUUCACAAAGAAACGCGUUCUUCUGUUACUGCUGGUACACAUGCUUCAAGUUUGUGAAUGAGCAGAAAACUACAAACAACUUUUUACAGUGAAUGAAUAAUUGAGAAAUACAAAAUUUUUGGAAAGGGGACCUAAAUAUAUGCACUCUCUCGGAAGUGGUUUAUAUUUAGUCCCUCUUUGUAGCCAUCCCCCAUCUAUUGUGAAGCUAGAGCAUGCUCAGAACAGUACUGAGAGAAAAAAAAAAAACAUAGUUCUGUAAAGAAUAUUGUCAUGUGACCUCCCAGCCGCUGAGCAGCAACUUGUAAACGCUUCUUUUAAAAGAGAAACUAGACUGGUCUGUCAAGUUACGUUAGGUCUAAAGUCACAAUCGACAGAAAACGCGCAUCUAUAACCAAAGUAAGAGAUAGAGGAAUUCACAUAAAAGUGACGACUUGAGUUGCACAGGAUGCCUACUGAGGGAGAACCUACAGACUUAUUUAAAGUUGUCCACCUGUUAAUUCUGUCUGCUAGUUGGGGAAUGCAGCUUUGGGUGACCUUUAUUGCUGGUUUUGUUUUGGCAGCUACAGUCCCUCGACACACAUUUGGACUAGUGCAGAGUAAGCUGUUCCCAUAUUACUUCUUUUCGGUGCUGGGCUGUGCUUUCCUUAACCUGAUCAUUUAUGCCUUGUAUCAUCCACGAGAGCUGCUAAAUACCCAAGAAUCUAUACAGAUCGCACUGUUUUUCAUCUGCGUAAUACUUGCAGCAGUCAAUGCACAGUGGUUCUCCCAGACCACCACUGAGACCAUGUUUAAGAUGCAACAAAUUGAGAAGGAACAUAACCUAGGUCAGGAGGUGGGAGUCCACAGCAAGCGAGAUACCUACAAUCAGCUGAAGGAAAAGGACCCCAAGUACAAGAAGCUGCGCCAGCGGUUUAUGCGCUACCAUGGCCUGUCUUCUCUCCUUAAUUUAAUCUGUGUUGGCUGCAAUGGAGUAAACCUUUACUUCACAGCAGUUAGUCUAAGCACUUUGUAGCAGAGCUGACAAGACAAGCCUUGAUUUAAAUAGCCAUUGUUUGUGUUCUUUUUUCAUUCCAGGAGUGACAUCAGUUAAAAAAAAAGAAGAUUGUGAUCGCAGAGGUGGGCAAAUUAACCUGACUUCAGAAACCAAGACCACCUGUGUUUGCAACUUCAUAAAUGGUGUCUGUUUACUGAGUGACCUUUGACAAGUGUUAACCUUUUAGCCUUCUUGCAUUUUCCUGAACAGACUUUGUUAAAUAGUCAAGUAAUGUCAGACGUCUCUGAACAGAACUCAUGUGCAGAAUGAGAAGAUGGGUAAAAUAUAAAAUUAUAUUGUGAGGGUUAACUGACUAUGUACAUUGUCUUAAAGAGUUUAGGUUUGACUGUGAAAUUGAUUCCUAAAUGUCUACUUUUAAUUUAGACAAAAUUCCUGUAUGAUUUGUCUUGAGGGUAAACUGUAUUUAUAUUUUUUAUGUCUUCUACAGUACUAUUUUCCUUUUGCAAACAAUGGAACAUUUUGACCUUCCAUCCUCCCCCCUGCAUGAUAUUAUGAGGUCAUGCAUCCCCACUAUAGUUCUGUAGUCAUUGUGUUGGUGUAUGGAUUCAGUGAUCAUUCACCAUACCUCUCAGCUGUCCAAAUUUUCACAGAAUAUUCAGAUUUUUGCCUUGUAUUUUGGCCCAGUCCUCAUUAACAUUUGUGGUUUCCUGGCAAAUCACUGAGGACUGAAGUCACUAAAUGACAUACUUUUGAGUUUUAGGCUUCAGAAAAUGCAUGCUAACAAAAAAUACCAUUAUUCAUGCAACUUUCUAAGAGCAGUAUUUAAAAUCUCUCCCUAUUUUGGGGCCUUUGUCCCUCCAUUAUUUGAGCCUUUGUCCUGAUUUCUUGUGCUAACAGGUUGAGAUAUAUGUAUUCACUCAGGACAGUUUCUGUCUAGCUUCCCCUCUCUUCCCCCUUCGUGGAGAUGCCCAUCUUUAGGGAAACCAGCUCAGUAAUAAUGAGGACAAUAUAGCAGGUGACACCGUACCGUAAUUUUCUUGUACUGUGUAUGGGGGGUCCAUUAUAAAGCUAGAUACCAGCUAUCAAGACUGUGCCUUUCCCGCUCUAUUUGUUUCUUCACUGUCUUGUCCUCCCAUCAUGGAUACCUAAUGUGAAGCAAUAUUUUUGUUCUAAAACCUGCAGCAUCUUAGCACGAUGACUCUGCCUUGUUCCAUCAGGCAGAGUUAUUCUUUCUAUCUUGUUUUUGCAAAACUAGAGGUCUCCUUUUCAGAUCUAGGUAAACUCAGAACUUAUUUAGUUGGGGUUUAAUGGUAUGCCACCUUGUAAAAAAAAAAUGCUUAGCUGUGAAAAAAAAAUUUUUUUGAGCUGAAAAGAUUUGCAUCUCCUUUUGUUAUCAAAGAAGGUCCGGAAGCAAUAGCUGUUCUCUUUGGGUACAUACCAUAUGGUUUGAGACGUGUCAAGGUUCAUAAUUCAUCAUUAGGAAGGUUUUUCAGGUGGGGGAGUGUUAUACUGAUUUCAGAAAAAAUAAAACAUGAUGAUGAGUUCUCUGUACUCAUAUUAAAUCACCCCACCCCGAUGGCUGCAAGAAUUGUUUAGUAUGUAGGAAUUCUUAAAGAUGUUGCCCCAUGUGACUCACUUUCUGCUGGGGAUGGUUUUCCCAUGGACUGGUCAGGCACUUACAAAUAGAAUUCCUUAGGAAUGCUUUGCUUAAACAUUUAAUUAUAUUUUGUAGUGUUUUUUAUGUAUCACUCAAGAUUAAUCCUUCAGUAUUUUAUAUUUUAACAGAAAUGUUACAAUUUAUUUGAGUUGUACAAACUGCUUGUAGUAUAUGGUGCACAUGCAGCUCUGGAUAUUUUACUGGUCAAUCAGCAUUCCACAAAUAUGACCAUCUGCAGCAUAUUAAUGGCAUAUGUCAAUCUUUUGUGCACAUUUUUUGCUUGCUGACCAUCAGUUCAUUGCUGCUUUCUGUUUCAUACACUCAUUUCCCUUUAUGGGGGUGUGACUGUGUCUUGACUGUCAGGCAGCCAUGACGGGUUUCUCUUCUGUACCCUGUCAUCCCCUGCACAUGCCCACAAGAGCCCAUUGGUUGGGUUUAUGCUGGGGCAGUGUGAGGGCUUAUACCCUGCUUGUUUGAGUGAUGCUACCCCAUAGCCACACCCCUUGAAGGCAAGUGUCCCUGUCCUUUUGUGGUAUCAAUCAGAGUUUAAUUUCAGAAUACAUGUUCCAGAGCACAACCCCCAAAUAUCUGUCUGGGAGAUGUGAGCAGACUCUACCUUAUCAUUCUUCUCCCACUCCAGCAUCUAGGUAUCUGGGUCAAAGUCAGGGCUUUAUCACUAUGGACCAAGUUCAAGUGUGUCAUAUUUUUAACAUGUUAGUGUCCAUUUUCCCUGAGCAGGAGGGAGAGAAAUAGAACGAAAGGAAAACUGUGCAUGUCUUAAUUGAAGUUUUUUGCAGAAUGAGUAAGUAUAGAAUUUCCACUAUGUCUGUGCAUCAGUGUUAGUAAAUGUUGCUGUGCACACUGCUCUUUUCUGACGACUUCCCCAGUAGUCUGUAUUGGCUACGUUUAUUUUUACCAUUUAGAACAUUUUGCUUUAAGAAAAUGUCUCCUUCACUGAUGGGCUUAAGCUGUACUGGGCAUUAUAACCAGAAAAUGUCACAUUAUACAGAAAAGUUACUGAUCUUGA